AUGGCGAGCAUUGAACUAGCAGAGAUAUCUUUCAUCAACCAGAUCAGGAAAUCAGACGUAUCAUCCAUCUUUCACACGGCAUGGAGGGGGGAAAGAAUGCAUCUUGAAAGUGGUAAAUGCGAAAGCGCUGCCUUUGCACGACUCUCCGAACGUGGACUCUGCGAUAAAGGCUCCGUCCCGCGCUUCUAUGGCCAAGUUGAGCAAAUCAACCCCGUGGACGCGUCCCCACAACUGAACGACUUCCUCGAAGACCAGCUGCGCCCCAAUGCCAUCCUCCUUGAGUACAUCCUCAACAUACGCCCGAUAGAUCUGUCGAACUUCGCAGAGAAGCGGGCCCACAAACUCCACCAGAUCCUACUGGAGUACACCGAAGAUACGGACCGCGUCCUUUGGAUUGACUUUGAUCGCGCGCAGACACGAACGCCCGAUGCUCUGCAACCGAAUCAUGUGGAAUGGCUGGAGGAGGAGGCAGAUAUGAUGGAUUACUUUGUAAAAGCUCUGGCGGCUGAUGCUCGUGAUGGGAGAAUCUAUCGUACAUGGGCUUGCUAUUAUGAGUAUGUUGAAUUCAGGCCGCAAUCUGUGGUUUACUGCUGA